ACUUCUUUGGAAGGCAUCAGAAAGAAGACAAUUAAUCAACUUUUGACAUUGAAGAGAGCUUCAGGAUGCGAAAUUGUUGUCACAGGUUGUGGAACAGAAUCCGGACACGGGCACAGCACCAGGGGCGCCAAAAGCCAUGCAAACGGAUACAAAGUGGAUUUAAGGAUAAACACCUGCAUAUCUAAUUACAUCAAGAGCAAUUUUGCUCAUAUUGGCCAGCGUGGGGGUGACCAGGCCGACAUGUACAAAAGCAGCGCAGGCAACAUUUACGCACUGGAAAGUGACCACUGGGAUGUCCUGUACGUGUAG